GCCUCAAUCCCUUCCGGACAGUCGUUCGUCAGUCGCAGAACGGUGUGUACCCACAUUUUAGCAAGUGCAACGGUAUUUUGUAUUUCCGUGAUUUCGAGAAUCAGCUGUGAAAAGCGUGUCCCGCGUACAAUAAACUUCCCCGGUGUGUCCUUCUCUCCGCCUGAGUAAAGUAGCUGGAAGCCGGCAACCGCAGAUUCCGCCGUAAAGAUGUCGAAAACCCUGGAGGAAUCCCCCAACGCUCACAUCAACAAGACCCUGCUGGACAAGUACAUGAGUUUGCCCUUUCCCGAGGACAAAGUGCUAGCCACCUACAUCUGGAUCGACGGUACCGAUGAGAACGUUCGCUGCAAGGACCGUACCCUUGAUUUCAUCCCCGAGAAGCCAAGUGAUCUACCCAUCUGGAACUACGAUGGAAGCUCGUGCUACCAAGCGCAGGGUCACAAUUCCGAUGUCUAUUUGCACCCGGUUGCGAUCUACAAGGAUCCCUUCCGGCGGGGCAACAACGUGCUGGUGAUGUGUGAAACGUACCGUUUCGACGGUUCGCCCACCGAGUCGAACAAACGCCGAGCCUGUCGCGAGGUUUGCGAUCAGGUUGCCCACGAGAAGCCCUGGUUUGGGAUCGAACAGGAGUACACCCUGCUGGAUAUCGACGGGAGGCCGCUUGGCUGGCCCAAGAAUGGCUUCCCGGGACCACAGGGUCCGUACUAUUGUGGCGUCGGGGCGGACAAGGUUUACGCGCGUGACAUUGUUGAUGCCCACUAUCGGGCUUGUCUGUACGCUGGGGUGAAGAUCUGCGGUACAAAUGCUGAGGUGAUGCCUGCCCAAUGGGAGUUUCAGGUGGGACCAUGUGAAGGUGUCUCCAUAGGAGACGAUCUGUGGAUGGCGCGCUUCUUGCUGCAUCGAAUCGCCGAGGAGUUUGGAAUCGUCGCCACGUUGGAUCCAAAACCGAUGGCGGGUGACUGGAAUGGGGCUGGUGCACACACCAACGUUUCAACGAAAGCUAUGCGUGAGGAGGGUGGUAUCGUUCCGAUUGAGCAGGCCAUUGCCAAGCUCUCCAAGCGUCACGAAGAACACAUCCGUGCGUACGACCCCCGUGGGGGAAAAGACAACGAGCGGCGUCUGACGGGAAAGCACGAAACCAGCUCAAUUCACGAUUUUAAUGCCGGUGUGGCUAAUCGUGGAGCCUCGGUGCGUAUCCCGCGUGGUGUUGCCGAUGAGGGCUGUGGCUAUUUCGAGGACCGUCGGCCAAGUUCCAACUGUGAUCCGUACACCGUCGUGGAGAGGAUCCUGAGGACCAUCUGUUUGGAUGAGUAAAUUGGCUGCAGAAAGUCGGAACAUUCUCUAGUUAUUACUUCAUGUUAUUUGUUCUACCGUGUAACAGUUGAGUAGCUUUUAGUGAUAAUGUGAACUAAAAUAUUAUAUAUAUAUAUAUAUAUAUAUAUAUAUAUAUAUAUAUAUAUAUAUAUAUAUAUAUAUAUAUAUAUAUAUUAAAUAUUCGUAAGGAAAUUAUAUUAUGUGCAAAAGUGCCUUUAUUGAAGCACAAUAAUAAAACAAAACAGUUUCUAUCGAAACAUAAUUGUAACCUGUGUUACGUGUAACCACUAAAUAAAAAUCAAGAAUGUGGAAACUAAACAAAUAACGACGA